AUGAUUAGCAUCAGCGAUAUGGAUGUACAGUUCUGGCAGUACGUGCGAACUAUUUCUGGCCCAACUCUGCUGCCUACAGACCCACUCCAGAAGAUCCAAGGCACGGCCGGGCAAACUGAGCUCCCACAGAUAGCCAGCGGACUCGUGCGGGUGGGUGUGCACUGUACGCAACGGGAGUGGAACGGCUUAGCUGCCGUGUGUGAUCAGUUCAUGAGUGGCCGGGUGGUGAUGAAAACUCUGGUGACAGUGCUAUUACUGGCUGGUGCUAAGUGCGCGUCUCAGGAUUCUAACCACAUCUGUCGAUUGAUUGUGCAUUCUCUCACGCUCUUGGUCGAGAGGCUUGUGGAGCAUACCACCCUAGUGGCACAUACACUCAAUACACGGCAGGAGAAAGACAGCCAAAAAAGUAGCCUUCCUUCUCAAUCGGAAGGAGAUAAGGACCUGUUACAACGGCCAAUAUCAUUAGAUAAGACUGUGGAGUCUGAUGAGCAAAUGAAGGAUUCAACAACACAAACGGAUGUUUUGCAACAGCAACACACACCCGUGAAAAGCAGUGACGAAACGUUAGGAACUGAAGUUUUGUCGUCUGCCCAUAUGAACCCGUUAGGACUUAUAAGUGUGAAACAAACACACGAAGCAUCACAUGAACAUCCACUCCCAUGCGCACAACCAAACCCAAGCCAGAAUGCACAGACCAGUGAUACUACACAGCUUGACAACACCGCCGCACUCAACGAGAUGGCUAAAGCAGACAAGACUUCACAUGUCGCUGAUGCUGCUCACUCCUGCGGUAAUACUCGGACCACAGCAGGCGAGAGUGACGAGCUUUCCCAUUCAAUUGGCCGGCCCAGCCAGGUCGGUGCAAUGACCAGUGCCUCGCAGGCCGAUCACACGCGUGGUAUGCGCACGGGCCCUUCUAUUGUUCCUGUGGAUGAUCUUGUGUACCUUGUGGGGGCCGUCUGUUUUGUGCUGCAAAGUCUUGAGUCACCCACGUCCCUCGAGCUGGUCUUUAGGUUUGCACUGAAGCUGCUGAAGACCACCCUGGCUUGCAUACGAACGGAGAAACCAUCGCAGUCGCUGUCAAACGUGCCAGGACAGAGAGGGACGUCGACACCUCAUGGAGCUCAACUAACCCCUCGGAUAGAACAGCACUCGGCGUCGACCGCGGAGCAAGCAAGAAGCGAGCCUCGUGCGCAGUUAGACUAUCUUGGACGCAUGGAGAAAGCCGUCGGGAGUGUUACGGAUAGGCAGCACAGAGCGGUACUGAGCGGCCUGUUGCAACGGCACAGCGACGGUGGCCCACGAGCGAAAGCACCGCAAACACGGGCCAAAAAGGGGAAGGGGAAGCCAAGACCACAGCGACUGCCAGGCAGUGUUAAUAGUGCUCGGAGUGCGAAACUAAGCCCGUUUAAAAUCAAAACUUGAAUAUCAGUGCGUUUGCUUUCGAAUCGCGUGCAUAGAGGCGUAUUGCAAUAGGUUGCGAUGUUGUAUAGCGAAGUCGAAUGCUCAGAGUACAUGAAUCUAGACUGUGUCGCGUUGUAGAAAGGUACGAUUCAUCAGUCUGCUAUCAUUGCUUCGCUCUCCACAAGCGAAGAAAGUCUAAUGCUAUGUCAAACCUUAGGUUGAUAAACGCCAGGGAGACGUGUUGCACUGUUACAAGUAUACGAACAAGUUUGUCAAUAUAACUGUAUCCUCCCACUUCACAGUGUUAUUAAAUAUUCUUUGUUGAC